AUGAAACGCACUUGCAAGUUAAAAAAGCGUGAUCACAUACUUAUACACUUUGAGCAGGCUGUGAAAUCUUAUUCCAUUGCUGAAUUUGAUUGUCAUUUUCACAAGAUCAAGCGAAAGGAACAUGUUGCUCAAUAUCUUGAAGAGGCAGGGUUACAUAAGUGGUCUAGAGCUCACAUGGAUGGACGCCGCUACAAUGUAAUGACAACAAAUAUUGCCGAGUCAAUCAACUCAGUCCUUAGGUUUGCAAGGAUGCUGCCAGUGGUUCAUUUGAUAGGGGAAAUUGUUAAUCUCCUUGUGAAAUGGUUCACCGAACGUCGUGAGUUGGCUUUGAAUUGCACAACAAUAUUGUGCCCCAAUUUUGGAGAGAAGAAGUUGAGGAACAGGUUGGAGGAUGCUGCAAGGAUAAAUGUGGUUAAAGUAAAUAAUGCACAGUUUAAUGUUUUGGACGGUGAUAUGGACGGCCUCAUUGAUUUAACGAACAACAGUUGUAGUUGUAGAAAGUUUCAGCUUGAGCAGCUACCUUGCAAGCAUGUAGUUGCAGUUUGCCGCUUCUUGAAAGUAAAUGUAUACGCAAAGGCUUCUCGGUAUUACACUCGAAAAACCUGGAUGGAUGCUUAUUCGGAUAGCAUCUACCCGGUACAACCUCACGGAAUGUGGGAUAUUCCUGAAGAUGUUCGAAGUCGAGUUGUGCUGCCUCUCAUGGCAAGGGUCAUGCCAGGCAGACGAAAGAAGAUAAGAAUUCCCUCGCAAGGAGAGGGCACCAUUAGAAGAAAGUGCUCAAGGUGCGGUUCCAUUGCUAUUAUAAUUUGA